AUGAUGCACUUUAUGCUGCUGUUCAGCCGUCAAGGCAAAUUACGACUCCAGAAAUGGUACACAGCUUAUCAAGAUAAGAUGAAGAAAAAGAUAUGCAGAGAACUCAUCACUCAGAUUUUGGCAAGAAAACCAAAGAUGUGUGCUUUUCUUGAGUACAAAGAUCUCAAAAUUGUUUAUAAGAGAUAUGCUUCUCUAUACUUCUGUUGUGCUAUAGAACAGAAUGAUAAUGAACUGUUGUGUUUGGAAAUCAUUCAUCGCUACGUCGAGUUGUUGGAUAAAUACUUCGGCAGUGUGUGCGAAUUAGAUAUCAUUUUCAACUUCGAAAAAGCCUAUUUCAUAUUAGACGAAUUUCUAUUAGCAGGAGAAAUUCAGGAAACGAGCAAGAAGCAAGUGCUGAAAGCUAUUGCAGCUCAGGAUGUCAUACAGGAGGAAGAAACUCCGCAAGGCUUCUUUGAGGAUCACGGUCUCGGAUAA